GUACUAGAGCAACAGCUUCAUGUUCCUUAUGGUAACUUUACACUGAAUUUUGGCAGUGACAUUCUGACUGUUGUCUGAUCAGUAGCACAUCUGGCUGAGCCAGUUACUGCCUGCUCGGUUAAGAUAAUGCCUUUCUUAUUGCCUCUCUUUAGGCUGUGCUUCAAUAUUUAGCUGUUUCACGCCGUGCUUUUAGGCUGUAGUCUUUCCUCUUACAUCUCUCACGCUCCCAGUUACACUGACUCUAUACAUUAGACUGAGAAAGACUAAGAGGUUCCUGCCUUUGUUUUUUCCCUUCUUUGAGCUGUAUUCCCACUGCAGCAGCCAGAGGAGCAUGUGACAGCUUUUUGAUAGUAAUUCUGUACAUCUGCUCACACAGCUUUGUGAGCAUUGGUAUGGUAUUUACCAAUUUCUCUCUUGCUGAAGACAAUGUGUUUUACAUUUAAUUGUGAAGCGUAUAGGAGAAAUAAAAAAUCAGGCUGUCUCUCUCCCCCCAUUAUCUCAGCAGCACUUUGCAUAAUUCCUGUAAAUGGCAGGUAUUUUCACCACCCUGUUGUGCUGUCGUGAAGCACUACAUUUCAGACAAUCACUUUUGUCACCUCACCUAGUGAAACACAAUCAAAGGAAACAUCUGUUUGGCAGAGUAAUUAAUGAUGCAGCUUGAAGUAUCUGGAUUCUGUUUUCAGCUAGAAAUGGUAGAACUCGGUCGAGAUACUUUAUAGACUUGAUUUCAAAUUGUGUUGCUUUUUCAGUUGCUUGUGCAAAUAUAGCAGAACUGCUCCUGCAGCACUUGGUAAUCUACUCAGCCAAUCUCUAACAUGAUGAAAACUCUGCAACUUUAAUUUCUUUGCUGCCUUUUUUUGUGUAUGCGUUUCUAACGUGACCCUUUUUGUCUUGCAUCAAAAUGAUGAGUCUCCAAAGCAGAAGCAUUAGCAGUGAUUACCAGAAGGUCUUAUUAGGCUGUAAUGGUUAUUUUGGCUGAUGGUAUCUUACGCCAAGCUGUUGGUACUGCCAAGCUGUAGAUGUGUUAGGAAAACCCAGUAAGGAUUUUUCACCAGAAACGUAGCCUAACUAGAGAAGAUUUCUAAACUGUGCAGCUCCAUAGACAUACACAUUUAUUCCUUAAGGAAUUAAUCAAAAUCUUUGAUUCAUUCCUGUUUCAGUGGUAUUUAAAAAUGUUCUAGAUGCUUUGUCCUAUUUUGAUAAAGCAAUGGAUGAUAGCUCAGCUAUGUUCCCAUGAAAUAAUAUGACAAGAGCUAAAUCACUUAACCAUUUAUAACUGCUUUUCGGUGUGGUGAACUAGAAGUCCCAUAUAAAUUUAGUAACUUUGUAGGGUGUGAGUAUGCUUGACAUCAGAGGGAGGAGAAACCCUGACAUGAAGUUCCUGCUUGCACACUAAGCCGGGGACUUGAAAAAGGUGAAUAGGAAGUUAUCCAGAUGAUGAAACCAACAGGAACCAGAUGAUACCACAUGUACCCUUUAGGAGGUUCCUCAGAUCUUGUAGCUCAUUUUCGAUGAUGGGAGUACAGUCCUUUUGCAUUGAGCAGUUAUACCUCUCUCUCUCUCUUUGAAAACAAUGUCUCACUGUUUGAAAAGCGACCAGUCACUGAUUUAUUUUCAUUUUGUUGUCCAUCAUUUCAUCUCAUGGGGUAGCUUGCUUUGCAUUUGCUUCCUUGCAACUCCUCUUUGCUAUGGGUUUGACAGUGUUCAUGAACAUAACGUUUUGCUUCCUAGGGCUAUUAAGCUGUCCUGAUGUUGUUCAGCUCUGGUUCAUUUGAGUCCACUGUGUCCCAAAUCUGUGUGCAGUCAAUGACCAAUUUCCAUGCAUUGUCAUAAUCACAUCUGCAGUUCAAAUGAUUUUUUCACUUGCCUCUUGGAACUUGAUUUAGUGCAUUCUGUUUACAAGCUGAAGUCCACAGACUUGAGAUUAUUAUAGAAACAAAUUUUGACUGCUUUGUUUUCAGGCUGCAGACAUAUUUAUUAGGCUAAGUCCCGAAGUCUGUGCUCCAGAGUAGGGCUCUGAAUUUGUAACCAAGCAUUAACUACUAGAAAUACCAGGUAUGUGAGUCUCAAAGAGUGCACUUAGAAAACCAGAGCUCUCUUGAGCAGAAGACAUCUGAAGUUUAAUGCGCAUUGAAAUAAAGGAAACAGAAAAAGAAAUAUUGAAUGUGUAUUAUUAUCUUCUUUUAAUCUCAAACUAUUUUCUGCUAGCUGAAUGGUAUCAGUAUAAAUUCCCUAGAAACUCUUCAUUUUUAUGGCAUUGGAACCAUGGCAGAACGUUCGGUGAUGCAAUUUACCCUGGAAAUCUUCAUAGGAGUUCUUCAAGUGUCUCUCUAGAAGAAUUCCUAACCUAUAUAACAAAUAAUACCUUUUUUCUGCUUUGUUUAUAGUACAGUUUGGGGAUUUUUUCUUUUCUGGAAGUCACAAUAGAAAGCAAGAAAUACAGAGUAGUAAAUGGUCAGAGACCUCAGGUUGCUCAUAUGCUGUAAUAUAACAUUGAACUUACGUGCAGUAAAAGAGUGUUUUGUGUGUUAGUUGUAUCAAGUUCUGAGUAAGGCAGAAGUAUGGGUCCUCCUGUUUCAUUACAAAAAAUAAUCAGUUAAAGAAAGAAGUUACACUGUUCUGAUGUUUAUAAAGUAUGUAAAAUAGGCAAAGUUAUUUUUAGAUGCUGGGAAAUAUUGUUCAAAUGAAUGUGUAUGGUUCUGGGAGUAUAGCAGGGAAGAGAUGAGGAGGAAGAAUGAGGGAACUGUCAUGGGGGGAAUAGAGGGUACUGUUCCUGAAGCUAUUUAACAUAGUGUUUGUACAUUUAUUGAUGGUUCAUCUGAGUACUGUAACUUAACAGGGAGCAAUCACCGACCACUUCAAGCAAAUAAAAUCCUAAGAUUAUUUUCAGCGUUGAUGUACCUCUCUUUUGGAAAAUGCAGCUUCCCGUAGCUUGUGUAUGGCUUCUGUUAGGCAGGCAUCUCUGCCUUUCAAAUUAGGCAAGGAGUAGCUACCUAGGCUGGAGUUGGAAAUGGACAGAAUCUCCUGAAAUCGUGCUCUGAGAAAGGAGAGCCAAGAGGUUUUGGCCAAGUGUGGCACUCUUAAGGUUACUACUGAAAAGUGGAAGGUGGAAAGCUUGCUCUGACUCCUGCCUCUCUGUGAGCUGAGUCUUUCUGUUGGUAAGAGCCACUGCUUAACUCUUUGCUAGAUACACUCUUCUGCUUUCUCUAGCUUUCUUCUAUCAUAACUAUUCUGUUACACUAGAAGGUGUUGGAAUUGUGCCUUUAACAGUUGAUGCUGAGCACAGCCUCUGCUCAGUACUCGACGUGCUUUUCAGGUCACACUCAAGCUGUUGUGCAGCGUCUGCUUAUGCACUCAUUACACUGACAGUCUUUUCAUGACUGCUGAAUUAUCUGACACCUUUCUUUUUGAUCUCUUUCAAAGGAACUAAUUGGGAGUGACUUGCAGUUUUCACAGGAGGGAAAACUUGUUUUUAACAUCAACAACAAACAGACUUUACAAACAGCGAGAUGAAAUGAGUAACUGUUAGCAAAGGCAAACUACAAUAGCACUGAAGUUUGAUGAUGCAAAGAAGGUAACUAGAGGUCACGGCAUUGCCAGCAAAAUAAUGAUUAGUGCUCUUGUUAAGGCUUUUGGUUGGUGGUUCCAAGCUUGCACGUGGCACUGAAACAACAGCUGCAACGUGCUUAUUCACUCUGCAUAGUUCAUUCUAUUUCACCAUUUUGAAUUUGUUUGAGGGUUUCAGGGGUACUUUCUGACUUCAUCAUGGUGCAGUGUUCUUUGGGCUUAGGGGAAAGAGGUCCUGUGAGAACAGUAGCUUUGCUUUGUUUUGAGUUGGGUGGAGAAUUCUGGGAAGUGGAUAACUUCUGCAGCUCCGUAUUCCCUUACAGAGGUGGUGAGAGCCCCGGGUCGUGUACUGUGCUAUUACUUUUGACAUAAGAGAUUGGAAGAGCAGUGCAUGGAACAGAACAAAAGAGGAAAGAUCAUCAGAGCUGGUCGGAAAGAGCUGGUAUUUAGCUAGAAGAGUUUCUUCUCUGACUGAGAGAAAGAAGGAACUGUGUUCUCAGUGGCUUUUGUGGCUGAAGGUUUUGGAACGGAUGUUGGAAGAUGUUAGCUGUGGAUACUGGGCUUGUGGAGGAGUGGUUAUCGGAGUUCAAGACACUGCCGGAAGCAUCCAUAUCCAGCUAUGCUACAAACCUGAAAGACAAGACUGCUCUGAUUUCAUCUCUUUACAAAGUAAUUCAGGAGCCACAAAGUGAACUUCUGGAGCCAGUCUGCCAUCAGCUCUUUGAGUUCUAUCGCAGUGGUGAGGAGCAAUUACUACGAUUCACACUGCAGUUUCUGCCCGAACUGAUGUGGUGCUACCUUGCAGUCUCAGCCAGCAGAGAUUUGCAGAGCAGUGGAUGUAUAGAAGCCCUUCUUCUAGGAGUAUAUAACUUGGAGAUAGUUGACAAAGAGGGACAUAGCAAAGUGCUGAGUUUCACGAUUCCAUCUUUGUCCAAACCUUCAGUGUAUCAUGAACCUUCCAGUAUUGGCUCCAUGGCUCUUACUGAAGGAGCUUUAUCCCAACAUGGUUUGUCCAGGGUUGUAUACAGUGGACCUCAUCCUCAGAGGGAGAUGUUGACAGCACAGAACAGGUUUGAAGUGUUGACUUUCCUUCUGCUCUGCUACAACGCUGCCUUAAGCUACAUGCCUGCCAUUUCUCUUCAGUCAUUGUGUCAGAUUUGCUCAAGAAUUUGUGUCUGCGGAUAUCCUCGCCAGCAAGUGAGAAAGUAUAAGGGAGUAAACAGCAGGAUUCCAGUUUCAUCUGAAUUCAUGGUGCAAAUGCUCACAGGGAUUUAUUAUGCCUUUUAUAAUGGAGAAUGGGAUCUGGCUCGUAAGGCUAUGGAUGAUGUUUUGUAUAGAGCACAGCUGGAACUGUAUCCAGAACCUCUGCUGGUUGCUAAUGCAAUAAAAGCCUCACUGCCUCAGGGUGCCAUGAAGUCUAGUAAAGAAGGUACAAAAUGCAUUCAGGUUGAAAUUACACCAACUUCAUCCAGGAUAUCAAGAAAUGCUGUAACUAGCAUGUCUAUCCGAGGGCACAGAUGGAAAAGACAUGAACAAGCAGAGAAUGGAAAUGCAGAUUUAGGAAUCGAAGAAGAACUGAUAGAAGUAUCUGAAACUGAUGAAGGGUUUUACUCUAGGGCUGCUUCUAGCACAAGUCAGUCUGCCUUAUCUAACAGCAGCAACACGAGCAGUAAGAACCUUUUAGGGAAGAGCCAACGAAGAUCUGGAGGAAGCAAAGCUGCAGGAAGAGAAAAAGAAGGAGAAACCUGCAGAGAACACUUGUCACGAAAGCAAACUCAGAGAGCCCUGAGUGAGAACCUAGAGCUUGUCUCUCUGAAGAGGCUGACACUGACAACAAGCCAGUCCCUGCCUAAACCUGGUAGCCAUAGUUUGGCCAGAACUACCACGACUGUGUUUAGUAAAUCCUUUGAACAGGUCAGUGGUGUCACAGUUGCGAAUAAUCGUGGAGGUGUAUCUGGUACAGAGGCAAAUAGGUUCUCAGCUUGCAGUCUCCAGGAGGAAAAACUUAUCUAUGGAACAGAAAGAACAGACCUCCCAGUAUUAAGCAAACAACCUAAUCAACAGCGACCUCCUAGUAUUAGCAUAACUUUGUCAACAGAUUGAUAUCGUUACAUUGGCAAAAUGAAAUAUGGGGUUUUAUGCAGAUAUUGGUACUGUACCUUAAGCUCUUAAUACGUCCUGUGUUACUUCCUUAAAUCUCAAACCUGUAAAGUCUUAUUCUGCCCACAUUUGGCAGUAGUGGUAAAUAGAGUUCUAAUUAUCCUGCAUCGGCUUCUAAUAGGUUGGAAAGUUGCUCUUUGACUUCCUGCAUUUAUCCUCCAAUUGUUUAUGACUUCAUGCAAAGUUUACGUCUUUACCAAAUUAACAAAUAUUGUUUGUUUAGCUACUGACCAAGAUGUCUGGCUCUUUACAAAUGCACUAUAUGGGAACGGAGAGAUCCUCUAUCCCAGAUUCUACUAUUCACUACUACUACUUAGUGUACAUAAAACUGCAAGUAUCUCUUUUAAGAGGAGCCUUGCAGCAUGAGUAUAAUAACAUUUUGGAAUGGCAUUGUAAGAAUGUAAGGGCUCUUCUGUAAGUUGUGAGGAAGGUAUUCUUAUAUGUAAGGUUAAAAAUAGAAGCAUCAGUUGGAGUUUGAUGUUAUGGUGGUUUUUGUUAGUAUACACUGCAGUGUUCAUACUUCUGUAAAUGCAUUUUUUUAUAUAUAAAUCUUUGAAACUGGGCCAAAUGUUAGAAGGUAGCAGUACUUGUGGGUGGCAGUUCUUAUCACCGACUCUAAUGGUCACUUUUCAGACAAGUGUGACUGACUCUGUAUUCCUUUCAGUUUCUUAAAUGUUGAGCACAAAACUUCCCAUGGAAAAGUUGCUGUCAUCAGUAUUUGUAUGAUUUAUGAGGAGGAGGUGUGCUUCUGUAGAGGUAUCAUGUAGAAAAUAAGGUAUGAACCCUUUGCACUGAAUCAAACAAUUCAGGAGCGUAACUGCAUUUAACGUGAACUUGUUACUUGAGCCUAAUAGUACCAAAGGAUGUGUACUUUUGGAAACUUGCAAGCACAAAGGGAAAUUACAAUGUAAAUAGAACUAGCAACGUAAUUGCUAGUGUUUUGUAUCUAUUAUUUUUCUAGUUAGAAACUGUCAAAGUGUGACACGUUCUAAGUUACCUGGCCUGAGUGGUGACCUUGUUUGAUACCCAUUUCUAUAAGCUUCAGGCUUUAAUUAAAAAUAAACAUUAAAACUGUUUAUGUGGAAAUUUGGAGAAGCGAAAAAUCAGUGGCAGUGAUGAUCUGAUAGGCAGCAAAUCAUUGUGCACGUGGAAUCGGGGUGAGGAUCUAAUGGCUGGUCGUUCCCAGCAGUCCUGAUUUCUGCAGCUAGCGAUCCUUUGUGGUCAAGGAUAUAGAAGGGCCUCAGAACAGACCUAAGCCCUAACAUGCACAUUCUGGCAGACUUUCUGAUCUGCUUAGAGAUGAACGUCGGUGUCCCUUUUUAACUUAAACUGAAGCACAAGUAACAUUUAAGCAGCUAAAGUCAUUCAGGUUUAUAGUUGAUUAACUAAUGAAAAGAGAUGAGAAGACGUAGUUGAUAUGGGGUUGGUUGUAUGAUUCUACUUUUAAGACAACAAACUCAUUGUGUAUGUUACAUAAUAUUCCUUCAACUCAGCAAAGUAGCUGCAGCAGUCUAUGGGUGUUUGUCUUCAGCUGAGUCUGAGUGUAGGUGAAUGUGCCACACUUUCUCAUAUUCUUCAGUCUGUUGAAUGACACUGUUUUGUUUUAGCAAUGUAGUAUUUCACCUUCUCACAGUGAAAUGUCUUCUGAACUGUACACGAUGAUUUACAUUCCUAUUGUACAAACUACAGACUUGUCUUGUUUAGUGUUUAAUACUUUGGCCAGUAAAAUAAACUGGUAGUUUUUGAAAUUA